AUAUAAUGUAUACUUUUUCAGUCAACAAGACAUUUCUCAUAAUGAUGAUACCUUCAACCAAAACAACAGAAAUUCACAGUCACCAAGAUCUCCUCCAACUUCACCUACUGAAGAGACCGGGCCCAGUAAUGUGGUGGCAACGACAGGGCCCCAUGAAGGAUCCCCAGUUGAUUCCCGAUUAGGGUCCAUAGUCCAGGAGGUGCCAGGGCUCCUCGACCUCUCCCCCACCCGACGGGAUCAGGUGGUGAUGAGAGAGAGACAAAGUCCCGUCAAGAAGCUAAAACCUCCACCUUUGGAAAACCAGAGAAGAAAUGUCUGCAGUGUACAAACAGCAGCCACCAUGCCAAAGGGUAGUGAAAUACCAAAGUCUAAUAAUCCUUUGAAACAAAAUGCUAAAAGUGGAGCCACCCACACUUCUUCAAGUCCUCAGAAGCAGCAGUCUGCUAGUAAAAAGACUCAGAAAACUGAUAAUCCAAGUGUUGUUAUGCCUAUGAGGGGUGACAGCCCAGAGACAAGUGAUAUUACCUAUGCAAGAUUCCAGAAUAAUGACUCAAGUCCAUCUCGCAGAAAAUUUUCAGCAAUGUUAAAAGGAACUACAAAGAAAACCCCAGUAGCAAAUGAUGCAAAAGUCAAAACCUUGCCUCUUACAAGUCAGAAAGAAAAUAAGAAAACAAUUCAGCCAAGAUCAACAAAGCCAUUUUCAAACUUCAGAGAAAAAUUAAAGAAGAGUAGCUCAACCUCAAAAGAAACUUCAUCAAGUAAGAAAGGUGAUGCUUUAUCUAGAAAUACAGGUGGUCAGAAUGCUAUAGGUAAAACUGAAAUAAAAAAAGGAACAAAAUCAGAAAGUGAUGGAUCAUCCACAAAAUCUAAAGGGAAAAAGGACCAAAGGUUAGAUGUUGAAAAGUCCAAGUUAACUUCUAAAAAGGAAAAAUCCCCAACAGUUAGUCAUAAGAAUAACAAAACAGAUAAAUCCAGUGAUAAAACUGAUUCUAAAAAGGUUCGUGAUACAGGCAUUUUGCAAACAGAGACAAAAUUAGAAAAGUCAGACAGUUUUAAUGUUACAAUGGCAGAAUAUGGUUUAAAAAGAGAAGCUGGGUUCUCCUCUUCCUCUGCUUUAGGAGAAGCUGUUCGUGCAGAUGCUACAAAACCUUUAGCAGAUGAAACAAAUAAUUCUGUGUGGGAAGAACAGUCUCAGUCACAGACUCUUCCUAAAGACUUUGUAAUGUCUUCUUCUUGGGCAAAGUUUGAAGACUUUGACUGGGAUAAAUGUCAGGGAACUGUAUCCCAAAGUAUUUCUGAAGGUGAUAUAUAUGAAUGUUUUGAUGUAACUUUAAAAACUAGUAAAGAAGGUAAUGAUAUCACUGUGGCUGAUAAUGAAGGUUCUGGUGUAUCUGAGAGUAGGAAAUUAGAUCAGGAAGUUAUUGACUCUACAAGAAAUACAGAUAUUAAAGAAGAUACAGGCAGAGACAAAAUGACCAUUGAAGAAAGUACCACAAAAGAAAAAAUAGAUGAUAAGGAGGAAGAUGAUAAAGGUUGUGAAAAUGCCAAUAUUGAGCAAGCCAAAUCUCAGUCUAAUGAUGGCAACCAAGAAAGUGAAGCAGCAAAGGUUGUGUUAAGUGUUAAAAAUUCCGAGAGGAAAUCUAGUCUUGAUGUUCCUUCUCUUCCACCCAGAAAGCUAAAAGAGGUGAUGAUGAACUGGGUUUCAUUUGAAGAUUCACAGGAAAGCCAGACAGUAAGAAGGGAGAAGGUAGAAAAAGAAAAUAAUAAUGAAAUGGAUCAGAAUGCAAAACUUGAUCCUGAAAAAGCAUAUGAAAAUGUCUGGUUUAGUUCAGGACCAUGUGAGACACCAACACCUUUUGAUGAUGAGUGUGAUGAAGAAUUUAAGGUUUAUGCAAGUGUGAAACCUUUUGGUGAUGAUACCAAUGAGUCAUCCUCUUUUGAAAUGGAAGGUGAUCCAUUUGCAAAAAUUAUAGAGGAGCUUGUAAAAGAUGACACACUAGGCAGUGAAGAGAAAGAGCAGUCAAGUGCUCCUACUAUUCUGUCAGAGAAAAGGGAUCUCAUUGUUUGUGGUCCUGCAGAAGAAGUCAUGCAGAAACCUAUGAGAUUUGAUAGGAUAUUUAAACUAGAUAUAGCCCCACCAGCUACACAUAAACCCAAAGGCUGUACAAUUGAAUGUAAUUGCAGCUUCAUUGCCUCUUCUACAAUGCAUUGGGAACUUGAGAGUAAUGGAGUGAUUCCUGUAAUGAAACAUGAUUUUGAAUAUGCUUUAUGUAGAUUUGAAAUUGAUUAUAAAGGUUUUGCUAAAGUUGAUGAGAGAUGCAGAGUAUUUAUGUUUAGCACACCUCUAGAACUACAAGUGGAGGAGUUCAAACUGGAAUUUGUAAAUGAAAUUCCAGUUUUAGAGCACCCAUAUACUUCUUCAAAUAUGUUGGUGGAGCCAGCCUCUGAAGUAUUUGAAGCUGUAGAGAUGUCAGCACCAGUGUGGAUAGAUUUAGAAGUUCCUUCACUAAUACAUUCACAUGCUGUGUUGCUUGAUGUGGAAGCAGAGCUGUAUCAAAAAUAUUCUGUCAGUGAAAUUGAAGUAAGUUUAUCAGAGAUGGUGAACUCAACUAUUAUGGCAGGGGAAAAGAGUAAUGUAACAGAUAAAGAGAUGGAUGUGGAUGAGAAUAACUCCCCAGUAGAAGAGUUGACUGGUAGAGAUUUUAGUGAUAUUGCAGCCUGCCCUCAUGAUGUUCAAAUCCUUUCAAGUGCAGAGGACGAAAAUAGAGUAGAUUAUUCACCCUUACAUGAAGAGAAAGAAUUCAACAUAGUAAGUUCAGAUGAAACAGACCUUGAAACAGAAUUUGUAACAUAUUCUAAAGACAAGAAAAUUAAUAAUAUUCAACCUGUUGAUUUAAUCACAGUAGAAGCUAUUGACUUUGAAGAUGAUAAAGUAAAGAUAGAGUCACAUUUUAAAAACAUAGAUCAUAAUAUGGUGAAAAAUGUUAAUGUAGGUGAUGUAUUGAGUUGUCAGCUAGGUGACAAACAGGAUAAAGAUAUGUACCCAGAAGAAAAUAGAUCCAACUGUAACAUAAGCCAAAAGGGUGUCAUAAAUAAGAAGGAUCUCGACUUGUUGCAUGCACUGGAGAGUGUGGAAGAGGUAGAACUAGAGGCUGUGACGCAAGAGUUGUCAUUGGAAUCUGAAACCAAUGUAACAUUUGUUGAACCUGGAAAUAUCAGUACUUUUGUAGAACCAAGAAAGAUCAAUUUUGGUGGAAUUGACACAUUUAAGAUAGAAGAAGUCAGAGUUGAAGAUGAUAAAAUAUUUGAACAGGAUAUGGAAUUUGUAGUUUCAGAUGGAGAUGUACCAUCUGCCCUCAAAAUACCACAGAUACUUAUUCAUGCACCAAGUGAUGAAACACUAUCACAAGAUGAAGGAAAAGAUGUGACAAAUGAGGAAGAAUUCUCUGCUAAUCAGAAUUACUUAAAAACAAACGAUGAUGAUGAUGAUGAUGAUUAUACUAGUGAUAUGGAAGAUAUUCCUGUAUGUUCAUUAGCUGAAGAGGAAAUGCUCAGAGCACUUAUGCAUGCAUCUGCAGAGGAAGCUACACAAGAAUUUAUAGAUGUUUUUGUGGUGUUCAAAAAUCAGUAUCAGCUCCCGGAAAGAGUACAGGCAAAAAUGAAGAAGGUGGAAAAAGAGCCAUUUGUACAUGCCUUUGUAGAAGAAGAAAUGACAUUCUUAUCUUUGCAAUACUUGGAAGUUGAAGAUAAUUCUGAGCAAAGUGGAACAAUACCUGAGAAGCAUAUGUCUACUUCAUAUUCUGAUGUCUCACUUAUAAGAGUUGCUGCAGAAGAGGUAUACUCAGUUACCCAUGAAUUUGUAAAUGACUUGCAAGCAUAUGAAUUACCUAAAAUGGUACAAAGUACAGAAACUUUUGAACCAGAAAAACUCAUGAUAGCAGAAGAAGAUACUUUGGAUGCUAUUGAAGUAACUUCAGACAUUAUUGACAUAUCCAUACCAGUAGUACCAAAGCUACAGGAAAUGGAAUAUAGGUCCAGUAGUGAAGAUAAACUUAUUCAUAAAUGUGAUAAUAUACAAAAAGAUGUUGAUAAUGUUAAUGCUGAAAAGCAUGUUUCUUCAGUUGAGAAGGAGGAAAUCCAGGAAUUUGCUUGUGAACCCAAUAUGUACAUGAUUUCUUCCAAAGAAGCACUUCUAAUGAGUACAAAAGAAAGUUCUACUUUUAGUUUGUCAGAGGAUGUUAGAAUCAGUCCAGUGAACUUUAAUAUGUCACAGGUUAAGGGAAAUACCAAUAUAAGUGGAAGGUUAUCUGGGAAUCAAAGUAUGAGUACAUCAGUCUCAUCUCAAGCAGAGUCAGUAGAGGGGGAAGGUGCUCGUGAUAUUGUUUCUGUUAAUAAUGCAGCUGUGCUCCAGUACUGGGCUGGUGUAAUGAAAGAGAAAAAGAGGAAUAUAUGCACCUUUGGAAUGAUAACAGAUUUUGAGCUCCCAGAGGAAUCAGGAUUGAAAGGAAGUACUUCAAUACCAAUUCCACAAGGAGGAUGCCAUAUGCAAGUUGAAAAGGAACUCAAGGAAUUGUCAAGAAAAGGGAAUGAUUUAGAUGAAAGUAAAAUAUAUUUCCUUAGUUGUUCUCCAGAUUCUGCAUUUGAUGGUAUUGAUUUCCAGCUUCCUGUUGAAGAGGAAGAAGGAGAUUGGUUGGAGGAUUUAGAGGACUUUAAGGGAGAAGAAGCUUUUGAUAGUGAAUUUGAAUUUGGUGAGAUGGAACUUGAGUCUGACUCUGAGAAUUCAACUGUAAACAAACUUUCUCCAGAGAUGAAAAGCAAGCAUGGCAAAAGGAGACUUGAAGCAAGUACUUUGAUAAGUGAAGCUGCUGUUCUGAAAAUGUCGCCAGAAAAGGAAGUUGGGUUGCUUGAAAACCAAUUUCCAAAAGAAGGGGGAUGGUUUAUGGAUGGCAUAAGGCAUACUACAAAAGGAUUAUAUAAUCUUUUCUUUUAUGGACAGACUCCUGGGGAUAAGAAUGCUGAGGAAAAUCCAAUGACUCAAGUGGAUGUGGGGAAGGAUGUGACUGGUGAAGUAAGUCGGCAUAGUGAGUCGCAAGAACUAACACAUAGAACACAAGGAUUAAGGAAAAUGGAUUCACAGGAAACAAAAGGUGCCAAUAUACAAAACUUGUGUUCUACAACCAGGCAUGACAACUGGAAUAUGACUGACACUGGCACACGACCCAAAUCACAUAUGGCUUCACAGGAUGUCUCAGUCUUGGGGCCUAAAAUUAGCGAAUGUUAUUCUCAUAUUUCUGAUGACUCUAUAGAACAUUCUGCGUCUUCUCAUGAUGCUGUUUCUAGAGUGGAUAACAAAUACGAAAACAUCAAUGCUGAUCUGUCAAGUGAUACUUCAGAGGAGGAACAAAAUUUUAAAUUCCUGGCACAGCUUGCUGGAGUUUCUCCAAAAGAAGAGUCUAAUAGAGCAGCACUCCGCCUCCUGUUGACCAAGGUUCUACAAGUGCAGUUGUUGCUGUGUGUUCUACAGAGUGAUGAGUGCUACGCCUUUUACUGCAAAACCUACAGAUUUGUUGACAGCAGUCAUAUUUGA